CAAAUUGUAAGCUUUCAACUUUCUCACCAAUCCACACUCGUUUUGUCAAACGCUGUGAGAUGUUCUGUUUUGUCUUCAAAGCCUUGAUCUCUCACCAACUUUGUUAACUCUCAUAUAUAUUCCACUUUUCCACGCUUCUUUGACAAACCCACUCUAUCUCCCACCUCCUCUUCCCUCCCUUCUCUCUCCAUUUUUCUUCUUCAACACUUCACAAAAAUGAACCAUCUUAUUCCUAACCAUAUUGCCUACGAUUUGGUUAUGCUUGGUCUAUCAAUAUCCCUCGUCGUCCUCGGCAUAAUCCUCUUCCUCGCCUGCAAAAAGAAACCAGUAGAAUCCGAAGAAACACUCCCUGUAAAAAUCUGUGCCCGUCCAUACCCAUUAACGGACAUCGACGGCGCCACCGACGGCUUCAACCACCGGAGAAUUGUAGGCAAGGGUCGACUUGGAACUGUGUACGCAGGAUUACUCGGCAAAGAAGAACUCGUAGCAGUCAAAAGGAUUCACCCUUCGCUUGUUCUGAGCAACGCAGGACUUGGGUUCUCCUCUGUGAUGAAAUGGCUCUCAUCAGCACAACACCCCAACAUAGUUCCCAUCACUGGUUUCUCAGAAGCCGCCGGCGAGAGAAUCAUAAUAAGUGAAUUCGUGAGAAUGGUAAGCCUGGACUUCUAUCUGCAUCAAAACCCAAGUGGGGCUUCGCUUUUGGAUUGGACAAAGAGGCUGAGAAUCGCAGCAGGAACAGCAAGAGGACUUCAGUAUCUGCACGAAGUGGUUGCACCUACCAUAGUUCAUGGCUGCGUCAAGUCCUCCAACAUCCUCAUCGAUGUCAACUUCUGUGCCAGAAUUUCAGACUAUGGACUCAACUUUCUUGCACCGAAAGAGAAGAGAGGGAUAGUGGGGCACGUGGAUGAUGAGUAUUGGGAGCAAAAAUUUGGUGGUGCAAGUAAGGAAAGUGAUGUUUAUGGAUUAGGGGUGGUUUUGCUAGAGGUUUUGAGUGGAAGGAGCUGUGAAGAAGGGUUGCUAGUGAAGUGGGCAGUGCCAAUGAUAAAAGCUAUGAGAUAUAGUGAAGUUUUGGACCCAAGAUUGGUGAUUCCUUCAGAUUUGAAGCCACUUGUGAGAUUAGCUAAAGUUGCUUUGGCUUGUGUGGGUAAUUCUAGGACGUGUAGGCCUUCCAUUUCUCAUGUAGUAACUAUUCUGAACAAUUUAGAGGUUGAGGUAUGCAUGUGAUUUGAUAUGUCAGCACUUGAAAGUAUAUGUAAUUUUAUUAAACUUUUUUCAUUAUAUCUUGUGUAUACAAAUAGGUAGAUCAAAAUUUAUACAUAUAAAUUGUUAAU